GGCGCCCUCUUGGCCGCUUGUGUCUCCGCCGUUCGCGCUCCUCCUCGAUUCAUUAUUAUUAAAUUAUUAUCUGAAAUAACUCUGGUGAAGAGGAAGGGAAGAUGCAGACCUUUCUGAAAGGGAAACGGGUUGGCUAUUGGCUGAGUGAAAAGAAAAUCAAGAAACUGAAUUUCCAGGCGUUUGCGGUGCUUUGCAGGAAAAGGGGGAUAGAAGUAAUACAGCUUGACCUUACCAGACCAAUAGAAGAUCAGGGCCCACUAGAUGUGAUCAUACACAAACUGACGGAUGUCAUCAUUGAAGCUGACCAAAAUGACAGCCAGUCAUUGGAGUUGGUGCACAGAUUCCAGGAGUAUAUUGAUGCUCAUCCUGAAACCAUAAUUCUGGACCCCCUUCCUGCUAUCAGGACACUGCUGGAUCGAUCAAAGUCUUAUGAGCUUAUUAGACAGAUAGAGGCCUAUAUGCAAGAUGAGAGGAUCUGUUCUCCACCAUUUAUGGAGCUGACAAGCACAUAUGGAGAAGACACCUUGCAGCAAAUAGAGAAGAGUGGAAUAGCAUUCCCAUUUAUUUGCAAGACAAGAGUGGCCCAUGGAACCAACUCUCAUGAAAUGGCUAUCAUAUUCAACCAGGAAGGCCUGAAGGCCAUCCAGCCCCCCUGUGUGAUUCAGAGCUUCAUCAACCAUAACGCCGUCCUCUAUAAAGUCUUCGUGGUUGGAGAGUCAUACAGUGUGGUGAAGAGGCCGUCUCUCAAGAACUUCUCAGCUGGCGUUUCAGAUAGAGAAUCGAUAUUUUUCAACAGCCACAAUGUAUCAAAGCCAGAAUCCUCUUCAGUCCUAACAGCACUUGAUAAAAUAGAAGGUGUGUUUGAGAGGCCAAACGACGAGGUCAUACGAGCGAUCUCGAAGGCGCUGCGGCAGGCCCUAGGGGUGUCUCUCUUUGGGAUUGACAUCAUCAUUAACAACCAGACUGGUCAGCAUGCCGUGAUUGACAUCAAUGCAUUCCCAGGUUAUGAGGGCGUCUCUGAAUUCUUCACGGACCUCCUCAACCACAUAGCUGCCGUCCUGCAGGGGCAAGCGCCCGAGGUGAACCGUAGCAAGCACCUGGCCGAGCAGACCGGCAACUUAGCAGGGGAGCGGACAUGCUGCGCGAGCAAUGGCUGCCGGAGCAUGGUGGGCAAAGACCCCUGGAUAGUGGACAGCGAGACCACCCCCUCCGUCAAGCUCCAGCACCAGAGACUAGGUUGCAACUCGGCCAUGUCCCCAAGCUUUCAGCAGCACUGUGUGGCCACAUUGGCCACAAAAGCUUCCUCUCAAUAACCCAGACCGGCGCCGUGGACUGAGGGAGAGAACCCUAGGCCCCAGGAUCAAAGCAGGCUGGUUGGUAAUGCAACUACUACUUUAAAGAGAAAAAAAAAAGAAAGAAAUCUCUAUUAGUUCAACGUGAUUUUUUUUUUAAAGGAAAAAGACAAAUUUAGUGAUCUGGGUCCACUUCAUCAGAUUCCUACUGCAGCUCUGUAGUGAUUUUAGACACACUUGUGUGUCUGUGUGUGUGUGUGUCUGUGUGUGUGUGUGUGUGUCUUUUUAAACACUAGACCCCUUACUAUGGGAGGAUGGGAAAGGGGAUAUCACUUGUUUUUGUUUUGUUUUCCUUUGUAAUCAUUAGUGACCAGUAAACCUCACAGAACUGAUAAGGAAGGCGUUUGAGAACAUUACCCAGUUGAAUUCCAACAGUCCUUCUUCGCUUCCUUUCCAGCUCACUCCAAAGAGCAGGGCAAGUGAGCGCACAGAUUGUUUCAUUGGGCACUGAAAAGGUUCUGUGCCGGGGCAAAGCCUAUAUGACUCUGUGGCCAUUGGUCAUGUUGCCACCCUGGGGCACAAGGGAGUCCUGGGAAGGUUGCCUUCAAGCAGGCUCUUUCCUUUCCCUCAGCAGUUCUUCUGCUUUCUGUCUUGAGACUUAACAGGGGUCAGCUAUGAUUAUGACUUCCCUACAGUUCAUUUCACUCAGAGACAGGCCAAGCUUUUUACUUUACUGCCCCUUUCGCUCUUCUGGGUUGACUCUGUGGGAUAAUUCUUGAAGGGGUAACGUGUACUCAUCUGUACACCUGUUGCACUGUCUGGCUGUAAAACCAGGAGUGUUUAAGUGUUUCUUUCCACUGAAUUGAGAGUCUUGUACAGCCUUGGCCAGUUCUAGCUAUUAUAUCGAAAGUAGCUUGGACCAGUUAAGAUUAUUAAGAGAAGGUUCUGCUAGUAAGUUUUCCUUUUUGAAACAAUCCCUAAAUUAUUUGAUGAAACGAUCCCUAAUUAUUUGAAGGAAAACAUUUUUAAAAUGUUGAGUUGUCUAAGCAUCAGUGGAGCAGUUGAACAUUUUACACAAGUUUAGGGUCUAAGGGUCAGUUCACCUGCUUACCAGAAUCCACUUCCUGUGCUCAUGGUGAAUGCAUCUGAAGUUAAUGUGUGCCUCCCUUUUUGGAGAGGUGGAAGAAAGAUGUGAAUCAUGCCUGCACAUGGCCAACAUCAUGCAUUAUGUCA